AGUUACCUCAAAACCGAACAGGAAGCUUCCAUGUUAGAAAGUGAAAAACUCAGUAGAGUAGUAUAAGUCAAUGAACCUUUUCAUUUCUAUUUGAUUUUGAAUGUCUACCUAUAAGCUAUAAGCUACAAGCUUUUUCAGACUCUAGUUUUAAAACAGAUUUCCAGAGUGCUUUCUUUGAGAUCAGCUAAAAUCAACUUACAGUCACAAUAACAACAGAGACAAUGCUAAAACGAAAAACAAGCUGUUACUGUAAAAUGUCACCUUACAUGCUUAGUAAAGUAAAUCCUGUAAAUAUUUGGUAACUGCUGUAAGAUGUUAGUUUAAAUAUAUAAAUAGCAUCAUUUAUAUACAUUUCUAGUAUAGGUGUACUUUUCAUAAAAUAACCUGACUUAAAAAUAGAGUAAGCAAAGUUGUCCAACGGUGGAAAACGUCUCCACACCUUCAGACCAUCGGUGAGGAGAGUAGAGGGGCGAGGACGGCGCUGGUGAGCUUUUGUGGGAGGAAGCGUUACUUGUACUUUCCAUCUGUGUGUGUGUGUCUGUGGGUGCGGAAACCUUGCACUGCAAGAGGUUUGAAUGAAUGCAAAUGAAGUGGUGGUCUUUAAAAUGGCUCCAGGCACAGGCUUCAUAUCACAUCACACCAAUCUGUCCUGGAGAGAACACCAUGACGAGUAUCCCCCUCAUCUCGCUUGUAUUGGUAGCCGUGAUGGUGCCGACAGCCUCAGCACAAGGUGGCAUCUCAACCUGCUGUACGAAAUUAAAUGGCACAAAAGUUCAUCGAGAAAUGCUGAGGAGCUACUACCAAGAAGAUAAAUCAUCAUGCAGUCUACGAGCAGUUGUAUUCACAACAGUCAUGGGUAAAAGAAUCUGUGCCAGCCCCUUCAAUAUGUGGACAAAAACUAGCAUGGCCUUUCUGGACGGCAAGAACUUUGCACAAAGACAGUCGGGCUUAAACAAGCAGCCCAACAGAAAGGGACGUCACUGACACUGAUGAUCCUAUUGAGACACAAGCACUCGAUCUAUCAUCUUAAGCUGUUUAAGUUUAAUCAAAUUUAAACUUUAGAACAUACCUCAGUCUUAUAAAAUUACAACUCUGUUGCAUGUGACUUUUGUUUGAGUUUAUUUAAUAUUUUUAAAGCUAAUGUAAAAAUGUAAAUAAAUAUUAUUUUUCUAACUGACUCAAGCUUGUUAUAAUAUCAAAAAGUAUAACUUUGUGAUCUUAAGAUUCAAAUCUGAAUAAAACUGGUGCCUACUCUUUCUCAGCACCCACUCUUCA